AAAGUUAACAUAUCACUUGAAAAGUCUUGCAACGGAUUGCUAGAAAUCGAUACUUAAAAUAUCGCGGCGAAAUACUAAAUUUUUAACACUUGUCGAAUCACAAUUGCUGUGAGGCUUGCGAUAAGGACACACUUGUGAAAUAAAGGUCACGGUAAUUGGCAAAACUGGCAUAAAUAUAUAGUAUUAGAUAACUGCAGUAGAAUGUACAAAGCCGGUGAACCGCUGCUCAACCACGACGAUGACGUUGAAAAUGCCCCGGAUCGGAAUAUGCAAAGGGGCAAUGUGCAUGCACUGCAAAUGUUCCUGCUAUCCACAUUUCUGUUGCUCUUUCUGGCCGGUUCCGCGUUCCAUCCCAAACCGUUGAUGCUGCGGUCCGCGGAACAUCGACGUGACGACCAGCAUUACGAUUGUAACAUAAGCCUGGUCGAGUCCAUACCCAUUGGCCUGAAUUAUACACCAAAUAGCCCCAAGUUCAUGAGCACCUUUGAAGCGUGGCAACGAUUGCUGGAUCUCGGUAAUUCCACCCUGGACAUUGGCUCCUUCUACUGGACAAUGCGGGGCGAGGAUACGGGAUUCAAUCACAGCAGCGCCGAGCCUGGUGAGCAAAUUUUCAACCGUCUGCUAGCUAACGGGCCAGAUUUCAUUGGCGGGAGUCCAAAGAUCAAGAUCCGCAUUGCACAAAGCGAACCCUCGAGUGUGUCCCCCAAUUUGGACACUAAAAUACUGGAGAGCUAUGGUGCCGCCAAGGUGGUAUCACUGGAUUUUCGCAAGUAUCUGGGCGGUGGCAUUCUGCACACAAAGCUCUGGAUUGUCGACAAUAAGCACUUUUAUCUGGGCAGCGCCAACAUGGAUUGGCGUGCAUUGACACAGGUCAAAGAGUUGGGCGUCUUGGCUCAAAAUUGUCCGCAGCUAACUAGCGAUUUGGCCAAGAUAUUCAAGGCGUACUGGUAUCUGGGCAGUAAUGCCGAUGCACGCAUCCCUUCCUCCUGGUCCUUUGAUUACAAAACUGACUACAACAAGGAGCAGCCCAUGAUAUUGAAUGUGAACAAGGAGUACACAAUGCAGGCAUUCGCAUCCAGUGCUCCUCCGCCCCUUUCUGCCCCCGGACGUACUCACGAUCUAGAUGCCAUUUUAAAUUCGAUUAACUCGGCUUUGGAAUUUGUGCACAUCUCUGUCAUGGAUUACUAUCCGCUCAUUGUCUUUGGACAAAAGCUCCAGUUCUGGCCGGCCAUUGAUAACGCCAUACGCUCGGCGGCCAUUGAGCGUGGUGUCCACGUUAAGAUGCUCAUUUCGUGGUGGCAACAUUCCGAUGCUAGCAUGGAUCACUAUCUACGCUCACUUCAAGAUCUCACCAUGAGCAAUCGUCAUGUGAACAUUGAAAUUCGUCGAUUUAUUGUGCCCGCCGAUGAGGAUCAGAAGCGAAUUCCCUAUGGGCGGGUGAAUCACAACAAGUAUAUGGUGACCGAUAGAGUGGCGUAUAUUGGCACCUCCAAUUGGUCUGGUGACUAUUUCACAGACACCGCUGGCAUUGGCCUUGUCUUAAAGGACACUGUGCCCAACAUGACGGCUUCGAUACGCAAUGAUUUACAGAACAUUUUCGAUAGGGACUGGAAUAGUACUUAUGCACAUGCCUUGACAUAAGCAUUACGUCCAGCAUUGUAUUAUUGUGCGACUGAAAGCUUUAUCAAUGACCUCAUAUCAUAUCAGUUCCAUGCUAUCUAACCAUCUUUUGAUAAUUACAGUAUUUUUACGAUGCUUUGUCCUGCACUUUAUACGCAGUUUUAAUAAAGUUCUGCUCUAUCUUUGUUAAUGUA